AUGCUAAGAUCUUUAAAUACGGUGGGUUCAGUGAUAUUUUGGGCACUCAAAAUGUGGAUACACGAUAAACCGGUUCUUUCACGCCCUCAACAAACAUUCUAUCGGGGACAUAACUACUUCGAAAUUUACCUAGAUAUACAUCGAUUCAGCUACAUCUCACGGAAAGCACUUGAUGCAUUCCAGGGACGAUUAAAACAUGGGAUUCUUGGCAUUGGUUUAACGAUUCAGGCACAACAUCCUGAAGAACUACCCAAGCAAGUUUUAUGCUGUGUUAGGCUUAACAAGAUCGACUUUUCUGAUCAUGGUAGGAAGCUAAUCAUUUUGCAGAUCUUAUGUUAUGGUGCCCUGGAUUCUACAGAACUAAGGGUAGAAAUAGACAAUCGUGAAGAAUUUGAAGUGGGACCAGAUCCUGAUGCAAUUCUUGCAUUCACUGAACCUGUAAAAGACACACCUGUAAAAAGACGAGGUCAACCUCCUAAAACCCCUUUACCCAAAGAUCAAGAACCUGUAAAAGAUAUUCCUAUUCCUAGUAUUUAA